AUGUGUUACGAACUGUUGUAUGGCUGCGUUUUGUUCAUAACAGUGUUCAGCGUCUUCUUCAAUGUCCCGCUGUAUAUCUUGGUGCUUAGGGCGAUUGUGGUACAUCGAACCCGUCGUCCGUUCAACUCGCCGUUUUUCACAAUAUUCGUUGCGUUGGGCGUUGUGGAUUUGAUGUAGGUUUGCAGCCAUAAAUUCAUUUGCGGAUACAAAAUCUGUUUUUCUGAUUAUGCUUUAAGUCUGUCGGGAAAAUAAUGUCGCAUCGAAAAUCGCAUCGCCGAAGAGGAAAUGAAACAUGCCGCGGGAAAAUCCAAUUGCUUUUCACUACAGCGACGCGAUUGGCGCAGCGACAAUGUGCCCAUUAUUUUCCCGACAGAAAAUAUAAAAAUUUUUUUUGGACGGAGGGCUUUUAGGGUUAAGUAUUUCUCUAACAAACUAGAGGCUUGAAGGUUGGGAAAGCUCGAAGACGCCCGUAAAAAAGCUUGAAUCGGAGAUAUGUGGUUCUAGCAGUUAUCAUAUUUCGUUCAAUUAUCAUAUUCAACUUGGCUCAAGCUUUAACUUUUUCCAAAAAAAAUUCCAAUUUUCAGCUGUUACGCUCUCUACCUUUUCGUCAAAAAACCGACAUUCUUCAACCUGGUACCAUCCAUCUUCAGACCCUACAACACCCCAAACGUCUAUGUUCGUGCCGUCUACGUUUGGUUCUACGUGUUUGGUAGGCGACUACGGUUAAUCAAAAAACAAUUGAAAAACUUUUGGUAAUCAAAUUUGUUUCAGCCUACUUCCAAUACCAAUUAGUUUUUUUGCUGAACCUGAACCGCUUUACAUGCUUGGUUACACCAAAAUUUUAUCGAAAAGUAAGUGCGAGGGGAAUUUUAAACGGGGUUUUUAGCGUUUACAUAAAGUGCAUGGACAUUUUUUUCGCUUUGGCACAGUGCAUUUUGAACAUUUUCUCAUGCUUGUCGCUGGGGCACGGUCAAAAAAUCGUCGUUUGCACGUAGUUGAAAAUUGUUUUUGUUGCAGCGAUGUUUUGAUGCACAGGUGAAAAAAAUGGUUUUUUUUCUACGUUUGGACCGCUUCAAAUGUCCAUGCACUUUAUGAAAUUGCUACAAAGACACGUGAGGUGACAGUAUCAGUCUGUCGGGAAAAUAAUGAGCAUUCUGUCGCAUAGAAAAAGAAAAUCGCAUCGUGGCUGAGAAAAUCAAUUGUGCCGCGGCAAAAUCAAAUUGCUUUUCACUUCAGAAACACUAUAGGCAACGCGGCAUUGUGCUUGUUAUUUUCCGGACAGAAUGAUGGUAUAAAGGAUUGGCCUAAACUAAAGACCUAGCCGCAGCUUCGAGAACUUCUUUGAGUGUUUAUUUCAGUUUUGCCAGCACAAAACAACCAAAACAUGCAUAGCUCUCUGCGCAAUUUUAUCAUUCUUCCUGGCAUUCCCGGGCUUCUCUGUGACCGCCAUGAUGAGUGAGUAUACGGUGGAAUUGGGUGGGGUCACAAGGACAAUGCAUUAUGGGCCAGUGAUGACCGGCCCAAUCGCGCAAUAUUUAAGUAUGAUAUGGAAGGUGCAUGUGUAUAGCUUGAUGGUGAUCGGAACCGUCUUGUACGGCUGGAUGUUCCUUGUGACGCGGCAGGCGUCGAUGAGCAGCAUGAAGAGCUACAAGCAGAAACGACGGCCGGAAAUGCGGCUGUUCUACAUGGCACUGGGCCUUUUCACCGUCAACUCCGGGUUCGCGGUCUAUUUUUGGCUGAGGUAGGUGUCAAUUUGCAGUGUCUGCUAAGUGCAGGUUAGAUCAAUUGCGAGUUAAUUAGGGAUGUGUCGUUGGGGUAAAUGGACCGUUAGAGGUGUCAGAAUUCACGGUUAAUAACAGAGAUUUGAAAAAAGUCAUCGUAAACAUAUGAAUAGUUCCUGGUGAAGAAACAUUGUCAACAUUAAAUUCUGCUUAUAAGUACUCCAAGUGCGACGAUCAGAUUUUCUCAAAAUUUUGCAAAAACUUCUGGCAUAUGGCACGCAUAGAUUUCUGAAUGUUUGAGCUCUCACUGGACGACAGCCCAUAUAUUCAAAGAUCCUGCGGCCAGGCGGAGAGCGUUUAGAGAGAGGGAUUUUGCAUAUUCCGAUCGAAUGACCGACAAAAUGCUAUAAAAGGAAUGAAAAUCUUCCAAUAAAUCAAUGUGUGACUUAUUCUGUCUGCGUCUUUUCCCAAUGCGGUGGUUGUGCUUUUGGUCAUUAAAUAUACACUUUUGGGUCAAUAAGGUGUAUUCUAAUUGUCUACUUGUUGUACUGUACCAUAUGGCAAUGGAGAGUUGACCACUGAACUUGUCGUCCUCAGUUCCUUUCAGCCACGGCCAAUUUUUUCGUUUGUUAUUGUUUGUAUUGUCGUAUUGGGCUUGGGAUCUUAGAUAGAACCUAGACUAGUGACACUCAAUCUAAAUGUUCUAGCCCAACGCGUGUUACUGAAAAUUUUGUUAAUUUCUGCAAAGUGCGAGCUAGGAGUGUCGUAUAUGUCACAGAAAACACGGAACUUUCUCAAAGAUCUUUCUCAAAUUGUGAAAAUUUUUUGUCAAAAUCUGAGCGCCGUACAUAGAGUACCUGCCCUGUUAAUUUAGGAUUCUGUUAAUUUAGGAUUCUUGUCACACCGGUUCAAGUGAACUUUACAUUUACUAAGACAUUCCUGCGUUAUUUUCUAAUUUAGUAUGAGAAGAACGGGAAACAGUGCGGUAUUUCCUGAAAAGUUACGGUUUGACUGAUUACAUACACGGAAUAGACAUAUUGUAAACAUAACAAUUAUGACCGGUUAAACUGUUGGCUGGAAACAACUCUUCCCUGACGUUUUCGCAUAUACGUACAGGGUUGUGAAACCUUUGAACGCCAUAAUUUCAGUUCCUACAGUAGUCCCGACAACCACUGGCACGAGUGGAUAUUGUUGGUCAUGUCGGAUAUCUACGACCUCCCCAACGGCAUCAUCCUAUGGUUUACGUGCCGUGACAUACGACGGGUAAUUUGGCGUCCAAACAACUGCCGGAAGCAGUCCAGCAACAUUACCACCGUCACCCCCGUGUCCGCGUUCAAUAAUUUCAGCUCCACGUCGUAGGAAUGGCAACAAAUUUGAAGGACAACAUCAACAAUCAACGGCACAUUUUGUGACAUAUCAUUUUAAUAUUAGAAUUUUCAUAAAGUGCAUGGACAUUUGUUGCGGUCUGUACCGUGGACAAAAAACACCGCUCUAGCAUCGUGCAUUCAUUUCAUAUUUUUUUUGGUCCUUGCACUAUGCAUUUGAAGUACCGCUGCUACAUAAUUAAGUUAUAACUACGUCAAUGUAAUGAAUUUGCGCAGUACAGACGGCUAUUUUUGUAGGUCCGCACUGUGCAAAAAAUAUGAAAUAUGCGUCAGCGACAACCAUGGAAAAAAGGUUUAAAAUACACUGUGUGAUAGAAAAGAAUGUCCAUGCACUUUAUGAAAAUAUGUAUUAUCAGUCUGUCGCGGAAAUAAUGAGCACAACGCGUCCAAAAUCGCAUCGCCACCGAGACAGUGCAUUGUGUGGCAGUUCAGCGGCGCGAUCGGCGCAAAGGAUUCGGUCCGAACAGUGCACCUGACGAACUGUGCACCUGGCUGAACACCUAGGCGAACAGUACAAUUUGAAAAAGUUUCUUUGUGUACAAUCGAAAAAAAAUUGAAGGUUUUCGCUUCGGGACAGGGAAAGAGGAUUUUUUUGGGUUGUGAAAAAAGUGUGUGUUUCUGAGGCUUCAACCAUGUUAUCAUUGGCAGAUGCUGUCUCAUUUACGCUUAAGAAGUUGAAAAAUAUCGGUUAUUGCCCUUCAUCGGCAAACAUUUUUCUACAAGUUGAUAUGUUUUGCAUUUCUGAUGGUGUUUUUUUUGCCAGAAACCUCCAGUAAAAGAGAAUUUCGUUUGCCGCCGUCACCCCCUUUAUCUUUUCACAUCCCAAAAAAUUCCUUUUUCCCAGUCCCGAAGCGAAAGCCUUUCAAAUUUCGUCAAAAUUUUCUAGAGAAUCGCCCAGGUGCACUGUUCAAAAAUGCCAGGUGCACUGUUGGGGCACAACCAUCGCAGAGACAUUAAGGUCAAUAUUUUCCCGACAGCCUAAUAUGUAGUAUAAGCAUCCUUGUUGUUGUUUUUUUCAAAAACCCAGCCAACUGAUGAAUUAAGGCCCUGCGUUGGGCAAGCAUAUCACCGUGCGCCUCCAAGAAUACCCCUUCUUUUCGGGUGGGAACGUAAUUGUUAGGUACUGUUAUUUAUUUUCGCCGCUGUCGGUAGUGUCUUCUCUUACAGGUUAUCGUUCUAACAUCACUUUGUUUGAGGGAUCGGCAUUACUGAAUCCCCUUUUUACACUUUUUUCCAAGAUUUUGUAUCAUGACAUUAAAAUGAUAUUGUUGUGUAAACAUGAACUUCUUCACAUUGUACUGUCAGUUCGUUCUUUGAAAAUAAAUAAUGAGAGAGAGUUAGCUCGCGCUGUGGGAUAUUGAGCGGUAUUAAUCGAUUUUUUGGCGGUAACAUUACCCUCUACGGUAGGUAGGUAAAGUUUUUUGGAAAACAAAUUUUACUGUAUUAACCUCUCGACUUUGGGCAAUUACCAUUCCAUGGAAACGCCCAAUUUCAACACUUGUAAUUUUUAAAACGUUUUUUUGCCCCAGCAUCGUAGUUUAUAGUUUCACAAGAAAGGCGGGCUCUGAUUAUCCGCAUGAACAUUUCCGAAAGAAAGCAAAGUUCUGUUAAUUUGCAACUGGGCGGGCGAAUACAAAAAAAUUCAGGAUCUAGUACGAUUACUUGGCCGUACAAUUGAAACAGCCCGCCAAAAAAUCUCUUUAGCCUGUCGGGAAAAUAAUGAAAAUCACAUCGCCGCCGAGGAAAUGAAUUGUGUCGUGUCAAAAUCAAAUUGAUUUUAACUCCAGCGACGUGGCAAGCGCAGCGACAUUGCGCUCAUUAUUUUCCCUACAGCGUUAUAGCCAAUGUGAUCUACUUUCCCUCCAAGGAUAACCCUAGAACCGUGACUUUCACGUAGGACUUCUUUCGUGGCCAAGAAGGAACCUUUUCGCAGAAUUUUCAUUUUUUUCAGAACCGAAUCCCCUUGUUCUUGAAAACUGAAUUAGGCCGCGGAUUUACCUCUGUCUGCAAAUUAAAAUUUCAUCUCUACAGCACUUCCGCGAUGAUAUUUGAGCUCUUCGUCGCGGCGACAGUAGCGAUAACGGUGUUCAGCGUCUUCUUCAGCGCCCCUCUCUACAUUGCAGUGAUGGUUAUCAUAAUCAAAUACCGGCGAAAACCGCCGUUCAACUCCUCCUUUUACUCGAUUUUUAUCGCUUCAGGAGUGGUCGAUCUGGUGUAAGUCUUGAUAAAAAAUUGACGGCCCUCUUAGAUGUUAUUCGCUCUACGCUUUAAUCAAGAAGCCAAUCUUCUGGGGUAUAAUUUACCCUCCGUACGACGGAUUCGACAAGCCCAAUUUUGCCGCCAAGCUUUCGGCACUCGCUGUGUGGAUCUUCGGUAGGGUUAGCUUUUCGUUAAUCAGGCUUUAGCACUCCUGCAAUACGAGUACACGUGCCUUCUCACGCUCAAUCGCUUUGCCGGUAUAUGCCUUCCGGAAUUCUACUUCAAAGUAAGAUUUAACUUUUCCCUGACAAUGCAUCAAUCUGUCGUAUGAUAGAACAACAAUCGUAGAUGGGGAAAGGGGCGUUUGGACAACCGCUCCCCCAGAGAUAGGCGCAAUUUUAGAAUGAAGAUUUAUUGUCAGCACACACCGAGAGAGAAAAUGGGAUAUUUUCAGAUAAUUAGGAACAAGACGUUCCUUUUAUAUGAGUUGGUUUAUGCUAAUUUCUCUGGGAAUUGCAGAGACUUUUGAGACUCCGCAACUCAGCGACAUUGUGGGACAAUAGUGACCACAAUGUCGCUGCGCCAAUCGCUUCGCCGAACCCCUGCGUUUUAGAUCAAACCCCCAGUUACCGUCCAAAUUCUUUCUUGUGCUUCAGACAACGAUGAUCCGUUGGCUGGAGCUCCGGCAGCGACUCGGUCCGCACAGUGCACCUGGGUGAAUUAUGCACAUGGCUGAACAUUGCACCUGGGCGAAUUGUGCACCUGACAUUUUCUUUUUUUAACAGAGCACCUAGGUGAACAGUGCACGUUAAAAAAAGUUUCUUUGUGUACACCUGAACAAAAUUUGAAAUGAUUUUGACAGGGAAAACAGAAUUUUUUAUGAAUAGUUGACGAAAACAGAGAAAAGAAAAUUUUUUGUUUGUGAAAAACCAAAUAUGACAAAGGAGAUCAAUGCAAAAAUCCUCCAAAAAGGUUCUACUUUCCCAGUCCCGAAGCGAAAACAUCUCAAAUUUUGUUGAAUCGUUUACAAAACAUCUUUUUUUCAAGGUGCAAUGUUCGCCCAGGUGCAUAGUUGGCCCAGGUGCACUGCACGUUCAACUGAGGCGUCCGGUGACCGGAAUAGACUCUUCGCUAUCGGUUUUAUACACUUCGUCUUGAUUUCACAGCGAAGUCAGAGAAAAGACGCGCAAAAAACGUACCCUCUCGCCCGAAAAAAAUCCCCAUUUCUUCCGCGACUAAAAGUUUUUUCGCGUUUUUUGGCGAAUUGCCAACCUAUUCACCAGACCGUUUUAGCCUAUCUCAGUUUGACGUGCACUGUUCAAAAAUGUCCGGUGCACGGUUUGCCCAGGUGCACAAUUCGCCCGGGUGUACUGUUAGAUUCAGGUGCACUGUUCGGACUCAACACCGACAGCAUCCUCAAAAAAACGCUUACUGAUGACACACUCUUUUGGGGGUUUGUACUGGGUCAUGGGGGUCUGAACUGGACGGGGGGGGGGGGUUCGUACUACCCUAGCCCCUGGGAGCUGUCCGACUAACAGAGCGUACGUUUUUUCCGUACGCUUUUGGUCAGAGAAGCGAAAAGAUCUCGAAUUAGCGAGAGAGUCCGAGAGAAACCGCUCUUGUUGAUCCAAAACCUAGAGUAGGUCUCAAAGUUGGAGCUAUAACUUUUGAGCCGGUGGUCGCAAGUUGAUGAAACUUACAGGGCUUAUGGAGUACACAAUUAGCUUUCUAUGAAUAUGAAAAUUGUUAUUAAACAUUACAGUAUACCCACAGGAGCCUUCAUUUUACUUCAAAAAAGUAAGAAAUCCGCUUGAAAACACAAAAAAAUCCGCAGUUUUUAAAGUUGGGCUCAUAGAUCAGCUGAACCGUAUGCUAGAAUGCUCAAAUUAAAGCUGGGUGUCCUAUGAAGUACCACCUUUCAUAAUUUAAAAAGAGGGUAUAACAUUUCGACACGUAGCGGAUACUGUAACCUCGGAAAUCUUUUUAUGCACGCAUUUUCUACCGUAUCUCUCUCUCUCUUCUUCCUUCGCUUUUGUGGAAAAAGGUCGAGAAAAGGCGCCCCCAAAAAGAUUUCCGGGCUUACAGUAUCCGGUACACGUCAAAAUAUUAUGCCGUCUUUUCAAAAUAUCAAAGGCGCUACUGCAUAGAACACGUUGCGUUAAUUUCAGAAUUCUAGCUCAAUUUUCGGCUGACUUAUAAGCCCAACUUUAAGAAAUUUUGGAUUUUUUGUGUUUUUUCAGGAAAAUCAAGGCGGAUUUGGCUAUACUGUAACAUUAAAUAACAAUUUUUAUAUUUCUGCAAAGCUAAAUGGCCACUCUAUAAGUUGCUUAAAUUUCAUCAAUUUGAAGGCAACGGCUACAAAGUUACAAGCCCAAUUAUGAAGCCAUGUCGCGGAUGACCGAGCUACCGUUUUCACCAAAAAAGUCGAGAAGAAAAGCGCGGAAAAUGAUCGGAAAUGAGGUGCACAAUAAAGUUUUUGGGUUUACUGUGCCUGUUAUUGGCCAAAUUUCUUUGCCCUCUUUCCAAAAUAAUGACGACAAUUGUGUCAAGACUUGCCGUAUUUAAUUUUAGCCUUCUAGCUAAACGUCUAGCCGACUUAUGAGCCCAACUUUGAAACAAUACGGAUUUUUUGUGUUUUUGGAGUAAAAUCUAGGCGGAUUUGGGUAUACUGUAACAUUUAAUGACGAUUUUUAUAUUCACAAAAAACUAGUUGUGUGCUCUAUAUGCUCUGUAAGUUUCAUCGACUUAGGACCACCGGCUCGAAAGUUAUGGCUCCAACUUUGAGAGCUACUCUAGGUUUUGAAUCAACAAGAGCGGUUUCUCUCGGACUCUCUCGCUAAUGCGAGAUCUUUUCGCUUCUCUGACCAAAAGCGUACGUAAAAAACGUACGCUCUGUUAGUCGGACAGAUCCCUGAAGAUUUAUUGUCACCACACACCGAGAGAGAAAAUGCGAUAUUUUCAAAUAAUUAGUGACAAGGCGUUCCUUUUAUAUGAGUUGGUUUAUGCUAAUUUCUCUGGGAAUUGUGGAGACUUUUGAGGUUUCACAACAAGUCGGGAAAAUAACGGCAGAUUUUGUCGCGACACAAUUCAUCCUCUCGGCGACGAUACGACUUCCGAUACGACAUUGUGCUUAUGAUAUUUCCGACAGACUAAUAAUUUAUAACGUAAAUAUAUUCCGUUUCAGUACUGGACCCCCACAAAUAAUCGAUUUCUGAUUGGAGUUCCAAUCGUCCUUGUGUUGACGCUCCUUUACCCAUGCAUUCACGCCGACUUUGCUGUAACAGAAUACGAGAUUUUCUUCGAAGGGACGUUCCGAACAUUACACGGGGGUCCGACAACCAUAACUUCUUCGGUUAGUCAAUAUUUCUUCCGUAUUUGGGCCAUGCAUGUCUACACGUUAAUGUUCGGAGGAGUGUUGUUAUAUACUAUGAUGUACGUCAAAGCAAGGGAGUGGUACAAAGCGGGUCCGCAAGCGACGAAACACCGGCUGGAGCUGAGGAUGCUGAAGCAAGGAGCAAUGUUGUUCGUUUUGAACGUCUGUUUCUGUGCCGUCUUCUUCAUCAGGUACGUAACAACUUUGUAAGCGGAAAAUACGAUUCAGGGGCUACCUAUCCGAAGCAAACACACAUUUGUACGAGUAUGUACUGUUCAUUUUGGCCGACAUCUACGACUUGUCAAGCGGUAUAAUUCUGUUUCUAACUUCCACCGAUAUCAGACGACGGAUGCGAAGGAUCCGAACAGCAGGGAUCUCGUUUGCUGUCCCUUUAAAGACACGGAGUAGCGCAUUGGGAGCUGAUUUAACAUCUGGCCACUCUUCAUGA